AUGCCGCACAAGUACUACCACGGCCGCACGGGCAUCGUCUGGAACGUCACCCCGCGCGGCGUCGGCGUGAUUGUGAACAAGCCGGUCCGCAACCGCACGAUCCGCAAGCGCAUCUGCGUGCGCUUCGAGCACGUGCGCAAGUCGCGCUGCCAGGAGGCCUUCAAGCAGAAGCAGAAGGACUUUGCGGCCUUCCAGGCGGCGAAGAAGGCCGGUAAGCCGCUGCCUGCCCCGAAGAAGAGCCUCCGCAACGGCGGCAUCGUUCGCCCGAAGAAGGUGGAGGUGCUCGCCCGCCGCACCGCCGACUACGAGGCCAUGAUCCCCUACUAA